AUGUCCCUGCUCUCACCAGGAGAUGAAGACGAACCAGAGCGUUUUGAUGGUCUUUCUCUCUUAUACUGGACUAUUAUGGGCCCCCAUGGAAUCAAUCGAGCUGUUCACCGCAUUUCUUUUUCUGAUUGCCAAAAUGGAUUAGGAGUCAAAAUUAUUGGAGGUUAUCGGGCACAAACAGCAGAAGAUUAUGGGAUUUUCAUAAAGAGAAUUCUACCCGGAGGGGUUGCUGCUGUAGAUAGCCGUUUGCUCACUGGCGACCUAAUUUUGGAUGUCAAUGGAGAAAACUUAAUUGGAGUAACCAAUGAAAGGGCUGUUGACAUCUUGCGAACAGCAUCAGCAUCUAAUCACAUGUCUCUGCUAGUUGCCAGAGAUGAAGAAGCAAAGAAAGAAUUUCUUGACCUGAUGGAUAAGUAUGGCUCUCACAGUGACACCAGCUCUGCAAGAAGUUCUCCAACACAACUCUUAGCUGCAAAAUCUAUAGACAGCGCUUCUUCUGGCUCAUCCUCAAGGUCACAGAGUCCUCAGCUGCAUCCAAAGGAUAAUAUCACAACCAUUGCCAGAACUAAUUGUGUCCCAGCACCAUCCCCAAAGCUUGCAAAGGACAGUGCAUUUCAGAUUAUCUCUGUUUGCAAAGGAACAAGCCUAGGUUUGAAUAUUGUAGGAGGAAUUAACAGAAAUGAAGGGCCUUUGGUAUAUAUUCAAGAAAUUAUCCCUGGUGGUGACUGUCAUAAG